AUGAGUCGACCAAUUUCAAUUGCAAACACACAGAAGUCUGAACCGGUGGCUUCUCCGACUGAGUCGCUUGUGAAAAGUAUAGGUGCCCAACAAAUAGUGGACAGUGUUUGUGGCUCCUCUCCUUUAAAAUCGUAUGGUCGUCACAUCUCUAACAAUGUCAGAAAUGAACUUCUACCAAAUACUCCAGAGUUUCAAUUCUCCACUUACAUGCAUCAAGGAGGAAAAGUUCUUGGACAAAACACCUUGUACAUGUUUGGCACUCCACCAUCUUGUGCAUGUGCUCAGGAAAACAUCCCUAUUAACAACUUGAGUCUUCACUUGAACAACAUGAGUCUUCACUUAAAUAGCAUGAACAAUAACUACCUGAAUCCGAAUUGGAAUGCGCCUUCGAUGUUCUCGCUCACCUCUCCACUGCCAUCACACUCAUGUACCGAUAUCCCCAUUCACCAAGCUCCCACUUUGCGUGUUCCAGUGCAGUGCUCUUCCGCCACAGACAUAUUUUCUCCUCCUAGCAGAGAAAGCACAUCUCCUGACGACCUUUUGUCCAGAUAUCGCUCUAACCCGAUGAAGGGUCUGAAGUUGUCUGAUAUUCGAGGACAAGUGAUCAAGUUUGCCAAAGAUCAAGUCGGCUCCAGAUUCAUACAGCAAAAACUAGAGUUUUGUGACAGCAAAGAGAAAGAUGCGAUUUUUGAUGAAGUUGUCGCACAUGCUCCCGAACUCGUCGACGACAUCUUCGGCAACUACGUCGUACAGAAAUUUUUCGAAUACGGAGAAGAGAAACAUUGGGCUCGUCUUGUUGAUGCUGUUGUGGAUCGUAUCCCAGAGUACGCGUUCCAAAUGUAUGCCUGUCGAGUUUUGCAAAAAGCUUUGGAGAAAGUCAGUGAGCCACUUCAAAUAAAAAUUCUCGCUCGAGUUCGUCACGUCAUUCACCGUUGCAUGAAAGAUCAGAACGGAAAUCACGUCAUUCAAAAAGCUAUAGAGAAAGUCAGCCCACCAUACGUUCAGUUCAUUGUGAGUACACUAUUGGAAAAUCCUGACACGAUUUAUGAUAUGUCAGUCGAUCCUUAUGGAUGUCGUGUAGUACAACGUUGCUUGGAACAUUGUAUCCCGCAGCAGACGAGACCGGUCAUCGAACGUAUACACGAACGUUUCGACGAUAUUGCUAAUAAUCAGUACGGAAACUACGUUGUUCAACACGUUAUUCUUCAUGGAUCAGAUGCUGAUAGAAUGCUCAUCGUCAAUCGUGUUGCUGAUAACUUGUUCGAAUUCUCAACACACAAAUACUCAUCAAACGUCAUUGAAAAAUGUUUGGAACGAGGAGCAAUUAAUCAUAAGGCGAUGCUGGUGAGAGCCGCAUGCAGUCAACCGGAGGGUUGUAUGCCAAUCGUUGUCCAAAUGAUGAAAGACCAAUACGCUAACUACGUGGUCCAGAAGAUGUUCGAUCAAGUAACUUCCGAUCAACGUCGCGAACUGAUUCUGACUGUCAGAUCUCACAUCCCCGUUUUGCGCCAGUUCCCACACGGCAAACACAUUCUCGCGAAGCUUGAUAAAUACUUCCAAAAACAACUGGUCAUGAACUACGGAUAUUCGGAUAUGUCUGGAAGUCACUAG